CCGACUGCCGAGUGCCGAGUGGUCUGUUAAGUGUUUACGAAAAAAAACUAAUGAUAGAUAAUAUAAAUUUAAUAUUAUUAAUGAAAAUUCUGCAUUUGGUGAACACCUAGUCUUAAUUUUUCCUAAUGUAUGUUACUAAAUAUAAUAAUAUUACUCUACAUAUUAUUAUCUAUGUAUUAUGCUCAAAACAGGUGUAAAACUAAAUAUUCAUAUUUGUAAGGCGUAUUUUAACUUGGUAAAUUACUGUGAUAAGGAAUAGGAGCAAAGAGAUCAGUUUCAAUAUUGAUCAUGUCUUCCUGCAGAAGAAACGAUUCUGAGAGUUCGGAAGUGGACAGCUGCCACGGCAAUGACACAGGAUCCAAAGGAAUAAAAAAAAAUCCAAGGGAACGGUUUCGUGUAGGAGUGUGUCUGCUUCGGAUAUAUAGCGAGAACGAUCCUCGAGCGCACUGCUAUGUAUCGGUGGAUCCGUAUCGCCGUGUCCGUUGGCUCGAACAACGGCUUCGUGACUUACUAGCCCUGACUGAAUCCUUCGUGCUUCGCUCCCGUGGACAUUUACUACCCAGCGCCGAGCGGCUCACUAUCCUUUGUCCUGAUGACCCCGUGGAAGUUUUUCCGAUUAACACAGAUGUAACAAAAAAUGUAAAACCUGGCAAUAAUUCUUAUGUGGCAUGUGAAGCUCACAAGUCUUCCAUUGAUGCAAUUGACGGAGGGAAAUCAGAAAAUGGGGCCGGAUUUGAAUAUUCCUCUUUACAACAUGACGGAAGGAAAUCAAAAAAUGGGGCUGGAUUAGAGUAUUCCUCUUUACAACAUGACGGAGGGAAAUCAGAAAAUGGGGCUGGAUUAGAGUAUUCCUCUUUACAACAUGACGGAGGGAAAUCAGAAAAUGGGGCUGGAUUAGAGUAUUCCUCUUUACAACAUACCAGAGCACAGCCUGAAGAAAAGAGAGAGUCCAUUCAAGAGAACGAAAAUGAAACAGAUCUUGAAUCUUAUAAAGAAAGAGCACUAGCAAUUUUAGAUAAUACAUUGUCUCAAAGGACUCAAAGUGAUGAACAGGAUAACAUUUGGAUUAUGGAGGAUUAUUCAAAUGCCAACAACCAGCGUACAAAGCGAAAACGGGUACGUCGCAGACGAAAAAAUAACUGUUCUUCAGAAAGUAAUGGUAAUGCUUGGGAAAAUACUUCUACUUCUGGGCGCGCACCCCGUCUGGUACGCGCAUUACCUAAUGGACUUACCAUAUAAUAAAUUGUUUUAUAGCCAUA